UUCCUCAGUUUCCCCGAAGGGAACACUUCGGUCUUUAUUUGGUGCAGCCUUGUGCUUGCACCAAGGAAGAGCAGCGGCCAGAGCUCGGCCACUAAUCCAUCCGGAAACCGGCAGCAGCCAGUGGCCCACGAGCGAUCGUGGAAGGGGUUACCAGCGGCUGCAGGCGAGGGACACGCGGGGGCGGCGAUCGGGGACUCCCCGAGCACUUUCAGGGAGCGGGCCGAGCUCAUGGCUAGCCGCCCCCGCCCCGCUUCGCAAGCGCUGAAGCGAAGGGACUGGGGACGUGGGCUCUGAACAGCAGAGGAGGAAACAAGCACUGGCGAUGGAGCGGGCUCCGUCCGCUGUGCCCUGGGUCCGGGGCAGUGAUCAUGGCGACCAGAACCCAGAAGUUCAAAGCGUUUGUGUCUGAGCCGAUGGGCGAUAAGGACGUUACAGCAGUGGAUGGCAUUAAUGACGAGCUUGGACUAAAAUUAGCUGCAAAGGGUUUUGACAAGGCAUACAUCCUUCUGGGCCAAUUCCUCCUGUUAAAAAAGGACCAUGCGGUUUUCCAAAGGUGGCUGAAAGGGGCGUAUGGAGCCAGUCCGAGCCAGGCUCAGCGGUGCGCCUCCUGUCUAACGGACUGGUGCUACGCUUUCCUCUAGGGAGCUCAGCCCUCCUCGCAUGUUCUGUGGC